CGUCACAGUCUGCGGUCCUUUCGAGUGAGGCCUUCUUCCACUGAGAACCUGAGCAACCGACGUCUUGGCCAGGUAAACACGUGCAAGUCGCGCAAGCAACCAACACGUCAUUCCGGUUUUCGAUCUUCGCUGCCAUUCUCGUCUUGAGCAUUCGAUCACGAUCUACAUCCCGAUGUUUGCGUUGGAGAGGCUGCUUCUCCGGUGGUCUGCGACGGUCCACACCGUCGUGCUCGCAUGCACAUGCCUGUGCUUUUGCAACGACUUGAAAGGGGCUUCCGCGGCAUGUUGGAUUCGACGCGCUCUUUCCCAAACCGGACUGCUCGUUCCUUCAUCGUAGGAACAAUCCACAAGGACCUCGCUUUACACUCCACGUGUUCGACAUGUUGGUCGUGUACGUCCCGUGGGAGCGCCGCGUGCGCCCACAGCCGACGGUCCAUGGGUUUCUUGGCAUGGUGUUUUGAUCGUCGAGCUGUCGAGUGUGUUGCUUCAAGUACACGCCUGGAAUUUUCUGCGACUGACUCGCGUCGAUCGACUCCACGGCGGGAUGCCGCCCCUUGCCGAUGCUGUCUGGCUAGCUCCCAGGCGGGUGAUAAGUGCUCGUGGCCACGGUCGUCCUGCUCAACAUGCCCAGCGCGAUUUCGGCGGCCCAGGUCGAGGCGCUUAUGAGCUACUACAUCCUGCGACCGUUAUGGGCAUGAAUCUUGGAACAAUGUUGAA